CUUGGUCGCUUUCCACCAAGGAUGCAUUACCAGGCCACUCCCGAGGGACGGGCUGCUCCUCAUUUUGCAAGGUCUCACCUUGCUGAAGCAGUUGCCAAAGCCAAGGCAGGUGGAGGUGGUGGUGGAAACACUGGUGGAACUGGGAGAGGUCUUGUGGGGCAGAUUAUCCCUAUAUAUGGAUUUGGCAUCUUCUUAUAUAUCCUGUACAUUUUAUUUAAGCUGGCUUCCAAGGGAAAAACUACCACUGGAGAGCGGAAAUGCCCUGCUGCUGCACCUGGAAACAUGAAAAGGAAAAUCACUGACUAUGAGCUCACUCAACUACAGGAAAAACUGAGAGAGACAGAAGAAGCCAUGGAAAAAUUAAUCAACAGAGUAGGACCUAACUGUGACAGCAGGACUCAAAAUGUUACAACAGACCAGGAAAAAAGGUUACUUCAGCAACUCCGAGAAAUUACUAGAGUUAUGAAAGAAGGAAAAUUCAUAGAUGGAAUCUCUCCUGAGAAGGAAGCUGAAGAAGCUCCUUACAUGGAGGAUUGGGAAGGUUAUCCAGAAGAGACCUAUCCUGUCUAUGAUAAUUCUGGUUGCUUCAAGCGCAAACAGGACACAAUCCUUGUAGAUUACCCUGACCUGAGCCAGCCCUCUGCAGAAGAGCUGGCAGAAAGAAUGGAGGGCAUGGAAGAUGAGGAGCAUCUGUGCAAUGAAACCCUGCUACCUGAUCUCACCAUGGGAAGGGGUGGUCAUGAUUUAAUGCAGAAAAAGGAUGAGGUAACUGGCAGCAGUGAUGAGGAGAGGGACCUUCAUCACAGCCAAAGCACUGAGGAGUGCUGCUGUUGUUACGAGGAUGAUGAUCCUGCUGUCAUAGCGGAGAACACUGGAUUCCACUAUGAGAGCUGCAGUGAAGCAGAAGAGUCAACCCAAGAAGACCCAUCUGUGGAGUCAGAAAAUGAAAAUGCAGCACUGAAAAAGCAAAAAGCCAGUGAUUCAGACGAAACAGGCACACUGAGAAAGCGCAACACGAAAGGACUUGAGUAAUAGGAACAACAGUGGAUGUUAUCUAGAUGGUGAAGAUAGAGGGCAUAAACUGUCAUAUGUGUGUUUUUCGUUCCCAGUGAAGACUUCUCUGUGUUCAUCUUCUUAUACCAAUUUCAUUCCUGUGGUAACAGUCACAUCAUCGACCUGAACUGGAAGCCAGUGCCCUCUUUCAUGUAGUCUUGUCGUGGCCUUACCAUCAUGUUGCCAGCAGCACUUUGUCCUUGCUUUUUGGAGACUGGUAUCUUGGAGUAGAUUAUUUGUUUCAGAUACUUGUGAUUCUUUCCCUUCUGAUUCUGAAGAAAGUUGGGUUUUGUGUUUUUUGUUUUUAUUUUUUUCCCCAUUGUCAUCCCAGAGUUAACCAAAUGUCUCUUCUGGUUUUGUCAAAAACAUGUGUGCUACCAUUUGUGAAAGUUAAUCAAAUCCAUAUAUAUUUAUACAAUUACCAGGAAGCUGGUGGAGAAAGUAUGCCUUCUUUCUCUUACCUGAAUGUUAACUGAUCAGCAGAGCAGACUGGUCACACACAUGACUCUCUCAGCUGUGUCAUACCUGCUGUACACCCAAGAAACUGUUGUCACUACAAUCCACAACACUCAUAUGGUACCCCAACCCACAGCCCAUUUCCCAGCUUAUUCCAUGCUGCAGGCCAGUAGUCUAAUCUAUGGUGUGUCCCAAGAAGAACACAAGCAAGACUGAAAUGUAUGAGUUGUUCUUUGUCUUUGCCAUAGCUGUGGUGAAACAUCUUGGUGAAACUCCCAGAUGAGUGCAGGAAUCGGACCAUACUUUGUGUUAGAGACAAACACUAAAAAUGUCCCAGGGAAUUAAAAAAUAAAAGAAAGCAGCGAGAGGGUAAACCUCAGACGGAGAAGUGGAAGAAGAACCGAUGGAAGUGGAUCCGCGUCCUGCACAGCUCCCUCCGUGAUGCCACAGGACGCCCGGCCCAGCCGCCAGCCCUGCCGUUAGCUGGGAGCCCAGCCUCCACACCUGGCCGUCCCCUGGGCUCACCCGUUCCAUCUCCCAGCAUCGACAGUUACUGCCUUGAUUGCCACGGGUGGUGUGAGCCCUUCUUUGCUAUCCCACAUCCCCUCCGCAUGUUCAAAAACCCAAACAACCCUCCGAUAAACCCAAGAAAAUACCAGUAAAAAUGCUUUCCUCUGCUCUUGUUUGGUACUUUGGUGACUGCAUCUGGAUCCUCUGUCCCCUCCUGGUCUCCCAGUCCAGGAAAGACACUGAGGUGUGGGGUGUGGGUCCAGCCCAGGGCCCCUGGCAUGGGGUGGGGGGCACACAAGGGCAGGCUGAGGGAACUGCCUCUGGUCAUGAGGGUGGGGAGACACUGGAGCGGGUUGCCCAGAGGUGUGGAUGCCCCGUCCCUGGAAGUGUUCAAGGUCAGGCUGGCUGGGGCUUUGAGCAACCUGUGCUAGUGGAAGAUACCUGUCACCCUCACCUCUGUGCCUGGGAAGAGCAUGGAACAGAUCCUCCAAGAAGCUAGGAGCAAGCCCAGGAUGUCAAUACCUCGCUCCAGGACUGGUGCCAGCACCAAAACCUUGGCUUUUUAAACCAUGGAAGAGCCUUCAAGAGAUAAGCACCAACAGGAGAAAAUGCUGCUAGUGCGGGUUGACUGUGUGGUGUCAGAGUCUCAACAGUUCAGUCUGGAGGUGUCCAUCGUCUUGGCAGCCCCACCCCAGCUACCAUAGGACUAUGAAGUGCUGCUCAUAUGUCAACUGAGAAAAUUGCUGGAAAAGACAGCUGCCUCUCAACCAAAUCAACUCGGUACAUCUACAGCUACUUCAACGACUUUUCUUUAAGCUCAAACUGCAUCUUUGAAAAUGUUUUUAAAAUAGCUAAAAAAAACCCAUAAUGUUUAAAGACACAUCAAGAUCAAUAUAGUUCUACUUCUAGCCAGUGAGGACAGGAGAUUCUCCCUAGGGAAGAGAAGAGGUUGGUAAUAAUUGGGUUAUCUUCUGAUGUCCCCAGACUGGAAUGAAAACCUGUCACGAGGUGCCAGAGCUCACAAACUUGUUUGAACGCUGAACUUCAUAGCACGAGCAGCGCCCAAAGCCCACUGUCACAAAACAUACUCUGGUUUUGUGUACUUGUGAGGUUUUCUGCACUGUCAAAAUAAGCGAUCUCAUGACAUAAUCUUCCAGGACUUCAAACUAAAUGUCUUAUAAUAUUACACUUGCCUAGACAGUAAGCAUAGCCUUUAAAAAGAAAUUUAAAAAAAAUCCAAAGGGAGUGAAAAUAUUUCUGCUGUUAUUUGGUAAGUCAACAUAGGAAAGGUACAUGAUUUCUUAUGUGAUGUUCAAGAGUGCCUAAGAGAAUUAGCAAGUGCACUCCUGUUAGGACUUUGGAAAUCCCAUUGCUCACUGUGUCCUGAUCACACUGACAGAGCCUGGCAGUCUGCACAGGCCAAACUGUAUCCCGCUUGCACAGAUGGAGCUGCAGGAGCAGGAUCUUACUGCUUCAGUGAGAGCUCAAACUUCAACACAAGCUUAAGGAAAGAAAAUUUUGAACAAACAACUUUCUUGUUUACUUCACCCAAUCUGUAAGCAUUCAUAUCAGCUACAUUUUAAUUUUAAAAUCUAUAAAAACAUUUAUAAAUUACAUUCUGUUACUUUGAGAGAGUUCACAUUAUAAAUUACUGAUACUUCUAAUGGCACUGUGCCAACUGGGGUAACCUCAGUAAGAAGCCACAGAUAAAGGGUCAAAUGUCAGAAACAGAUUGCACUGUAAACAUCCCAUACGAGUAUAAAGGUAGUCAUAAAUCAUGAGACUCAUUGAUUUUAAAUCAGAUGUGCGUGACAGAGUCAAACUCUGCAGUAACAAGUUUCGAACAGCUGAGUCACAUCCAAGGAAAAAAAAACCCACCCAGAAGUACAAAAAGACAAUUUGCAGCACAAUCGCGAAGUGUCUCAGUUUGCUACAUAAAAGCAUAAAUAGGCAGUUGCAUUAACUGAACCUCUGCAAAAUGUUCAGGAACAGUAGUUUUAAAACUGAUGGUGCAAACUAAAACACAGUGAGCAACACAUCCCUGUGAGAAGAAUAAGUGUAUCAGAUGGUUUCCCAAUGUUUUUUCUGCACAUUUAGUGACCAAAAAUGACACAAGGUAAAAAACCUGAAGCCUCACUGAAAUAAUUGACAAGAUUACCAUAGAAUUUAACAGUGUCAAAAUUUUAUCCUAAGAGAUUGAUUAGCUAUUCAGUUUCUACAUAGGUGGUAGAAAACUGGUCAUAUUUUACUGCUGUUCCUUCGGUAAGAAUUAAAUAGGGUACUCUGCGCCAACACCACCUGCCAUCCACCAGCCUCGAAACCCUCCUGAGAAGCCUCUUAGAACUGGGACAGACACAGGUAGGUCUGAAAACUAUUAUUUCCAUUCAGCUCUUUGGACUGAGGCACAAAGAGGUUACAAGAUUUGCACAAAGUCACACAGUCAGUUGGGAUUAAAACCCAGGUGAGCUGAUCCCCAAGCCUGUUGGACAGCCUAAAAGACCAGGCUGAUUUUAACAUAGAUUUGUGACUCUUCAGGACUUUUUUUACAUGAAGCAGUACCUAAGCACAGAAUAGAUGGAUGAGUAUUCACUGGUUAUUUGCUGGGUUCUGACUCUCAAGUAGGAUUUCAUUCCAGUUCAUGUGUUAUCAAGCUUUUGUCAGAGUAAUUUUCAAACUGCCAUUGAAGACUUAAAUAAAACCAUGAUGAGCUUUCAGUGUUGCUGAGUAAUCCAAUCAUAAAGUGAAUAGAGAGGGUUUUUUUCUCAAAAAUGGAAGCAUAAUUUUUCUGAACUAUGUCCUCAUCCUAAAGCAAUUUAGCAAACCAGUGUACUGGUUCCAUUGAACAGUUUAAAGAAAGCCAGUUAAUCCAAGUCUUCUCAGUGAAGGUAUGGAUAAACAUACCCUUACUGAAAAAGAGGAUUCUAAAGUUUUGGGGCAGUUAAGUAAAAUAUAACAUAUAAAAUAAGUUUUAAUGCAUUUUCAUCCAAUAUACAGGCAUUUGUGAGUAUCAGCUACUGAGCUAUAGUUCAUAGCAAAAUACCAAAACAUCGAGAUAGUUGCACAAAUCCUUUUCUUAGUUCCUUUGUGAGCAACAGAAAGAACUUAAAAAAUAUCUACAUCAUUAAUUUCAAACACUUAAAGAGCAGAACCCAGGAAGGUACAUUUCAUACAUGAAGAACAAGAGAAACCCAUUGUCAUUAGACAGCACAUACAAGAAAAGCUUGGAUUCUACACUUAGAUUAGUUCUAGUGCAAGAUUUAUAUGUAUAAAGCUACUUCUGGUAAGCAAAAUGAGGCCUUUUGAGAAAUGAGAGUCAUCAGCCCAUAAUUCUAAUAAAGGUGACUGCUGCUUUAUCACACGUACCAUCCUUAUUUGCCAAGCAAAGAGAUUUUAUUGGUGAGCUAAUGCUUCUCUAAAACCAGGAAAAAAAUCUUGCAAAUUAUGUUUUAGGAGAGCAAUAGGAUAGUAUGAGGGAACUAGUUAGAAUGCCACAGGAUCAAACCCCAAAUCUUCCCUCUGACACCUGCCAAACAUAAGGAGAAACCCUCUCUGCCCAAAACACCAAGCAACUCCCUGUCCUAUCCUACCAAAAUAAUAAAAUACAAAAUAUUCUCAUGUUGGUCUAGAGUCAUCAUCUCUUCAGGGGAAGAACUCUUGUUUGCCAAGUCCUUGUGGUAUCCUUAUGUGAAAUCACUAAUAAAUUAAUAAUAAAAUUUGUAAAAAGCCUAGUUACAAGAACUGGGAGUGAUUUUCUGUGCUAAGGACUGGGUUGAUAUCCUUCUUUUUUAAUGGGCAGCGCUCAGGAAGGGUAAGAUUUUUAUAGGUAAAAAAGGUCUAGUGCUCAAUAAUUUUGGAGACCUCGCUGGUAUCUCUGCUUGUUGAAAGUCCCUCCUUUUGUUCAUCAAAAGGAGCAAAAAACCAGAAAGUUCAAAAUCAUGGCAUCGGUUCACCAUGACCAAUAAAACUCAGUGGUGUCAUUUGACUCCACAAUAAUGUUUUUCACUCAUGCAGCUACCAGAUUUUAUUACAGAGCCCUUUUCACUAAAGCUGCCACUGUUCUAGUACCUCAUGAGGACAGCUAGCUGGGAAAUCCAGCACUAUUGUAAGGGAACUUGAAUAGUGAGAGAUUGGCCUAGUAAUUAUGAUAAAACCAUUCUCACAGACUUCUUAGCAUCAGAAUUUGUAACAGUGGCCUGUGACAUUACUAUUUUAUGUGCCAUAUAUUGUCCUACAAAAGGAGUGGAGUGAUGUCUAGCUUCUAAAAAAUAAUUUCAGGGCCCCAACACACUUCAGCUCACAAAAUCACUUUCAACCUUUUGAAAAAGCAAAAAUAAGGCAGCACUACAAAGGGAAUCUGUCUAACAGUUUGCCUUCAGGCUUGUGGACAGUUCUGCUCAUUGAUUUGCAACCAAUGGUUUGGGAACUGCAGUUACUGAAUGUUUACUCAGAAAAAUUCUGAUUAUAUUUUAGGCAAGCUUUUUUAUCUGCUACCUUUUAAUGUGUUAAUUUACUCUAUUGAAAAGCCAAAGGGCCAAAUUCACCUCUUUGAUAAGGCUUCUACUGCAGGAGCAUCACUGGAUGUGCACCGAAGGCAUUAUUCAUCUGCAGAGAGAUCACUGAGUAACCUUGUCAAAAUAAACACUUUUGAGUUGCACAUCCUUGAAGAUAAAGGGAUUGUGAGGAGAAUGAGAAGGAACAGAACAUCAGAGAUUAACAAAAUUAGAUAAAGGGCCAGGAAGAAACUGUUUGAUGUAAACAGAGUGACAACUUAAGAUUAAGAACUCUCAUUAAAGCAUGCAGUAUUUGCCUAUAAGCAAUUCAGGCAAGGCAUUUGUUUACAACUCUCUGCCAAAAACAACAGCAGAUGCAAAAAAUCAUCAAUAUCGGGAUUUUAAAUAAUAUUAAAUCUACAGUAUCCAAACACUCACUAGGACUAUGUGAAGGAAAUGCACAGCUGAGUGCCAUUCUGUUCUUUGUCACAUUAAGUAAACAAGGUUAUGCCCCGCUGCACACUGUCAUGCAGGCCCUGCAGAAGCUACUACUGAUAGGAGUGUGGCACUAACUACUCCUCAGUUACUUUAGUAUGCACGUUAUCUCUGAAAAUACAUACUAGUGCCAUGAUUUUAUUGCUGGUGGGGUGGAAAAGCUAACUUUGUGAGGACAAUGGAGUAUCACGUCUGACAGAACCUGCUGUGACUUUACCAAGUUAGGAAAACAAAAUUUGGAGAUGUGUUGGAAAACUUGUGAUAGCACCUUGCAUUGACAUGCAGUAGUGAACUUCACCAGAAUCUGUCCAACAGAAAUUAUAUAGAUGCCUCUGGAGCAGAUGGCAAUGGUUAAGUGAAUCAGAAGAACCCAGUACCUGGCUCAACAACAGUGAGGAAUUGGGGUUUUAGUAAAGGCCACUAGGUGCAAAUCCUACUGUAACUGAACCAGAUUUAAUGAGAGCUUAUUGCUCUUAGUGCCAGGUUAACAUCCCCCUCUAGUGACCUCAAUUUAUGGUGGGGAAUUUUUUCCUCAGCAGCUUGUUGGCUGACGUCCCUGUACGAUUUUGUUAAGACGAUGGGAAUUUGAGUCGCCACUUUCCUCCUGGCAUGCUUACAGGUUAAAAAAAUACCUGUCUGGGAAGAACACGCAGUGAGAGUGAAGUUACACAAUGUGCUGGCAGCAAAACUCUCCCAAGCAGUUGAACUCUCUGCGUUUCUCCAGCCCCUCAUUCUCACCCUUGUGCAGGAGUUCACUGCACAUGAGCUUCCUUUUGGUGACAACUCCCUGUGGGGCCAUAAUGCAAAUCAGACCAUUGUUAUGAUCGGUGUUAAAAAUAACCCUUCCUAAACUAACUCCACUGCUACCACCAACAGAUGGUAUAUUUGCACCAUAAGACACUUGGGUCCUUUGACACAGUGUUGUGCACAGAGAGGCGCAGAAAACUAUGUCAAGUGCCACUUUCUCAGGCUUUAAAGAAAAUGUUUGCCUGGCGGCUCACAGAAUUAAAGCCACGCAGACUGAACUGUUCCCGUGCUGUGGAGUUCUUGACAUCCAUGUCUAAAUACCAGCACUGGGAACUCCUGUCUGGUUUUGCAGUAAACAAAAAAUUCUGGUUAUUAUUUGAGCUAGUUUUUAAAGACUGACAUGAGGUAACCAAGGCCCAAGGGCCUUCUCUGUUAAAAAGCCAAAGUGAGAUCACAGAUGGGGAUGUGAAUUGGUGGGAAACCACCAACCACUGGGAAAAACAAAGCAUCCAUGUGCAAUGCCUAAGUAUCACACUGAAGCUCAUGACUCAUCGUUUUGAUCAUUCACUGCAGGAACUGACUGCUCGUUUCUCUUAAAUGGAAGGUGUCUUUCCACUUGAUACCAUUGUGUGGAAAGGCUUCUUGAAAAAAGAUUUGAGAAAAAAAGACAGAGCCUCCUGUAGUUUAAAGAGGACACAAAGGCUCAGUUCAUCAACAAAACACUGUUCAAAGCCAGCAGACUUUUCCCCCUAGAUUUUAAAAAAGAUUAGAAAAAAUGCUGGCAAUUACCUAUUUCCAUCUCUUAUCUGAAAUUUCCUUGUCUGCAUACUGGGAAGGAUACCCGAAGGCAAACGUGAAGAAGGGAGCCUAUUUCUUUUGUUAGCUGAAAUUAUACAGUCCAAAUGGCACAAUGUCUCCUCAUGGUCUGUCCCCUAUAGUCAGAAAGGGACCGACAGCUAUGAGACAAGCAGAUUUGAUCUCAUUUUCUCAUUACAUAAUCUUUGGUUGUGCAAUGCUAGAGUCUAUGAAGAGUAAAAAAAGGAGGAUCUGAAUACAUACAGUACAAAAUGCAACUACUUCUUCACUUCACUCACAUUUCAAUACCCUUCUGGUGAACUACGUAUAAAUUCUAUCACUUUGUGUGCUGUUUAGGAUAACAUUGUCCAGAACAAUGGCAGAAAGAUUAAUUAUUUUUAAAGGUGUUUUACAGUGUGCUUUCAGGUGCAGCUCUCGGGCUUUGAAUGUUCAGAAGAGAAGAGAAUAGCUUGUUCUUUGCUUGUGUUUUGAUAUAUUAAUUGUUUAUAUGUUCCAGAUAAAUCAGAAAAAAAGAAACAAAAAAAUCCACACUAUUCUGAGCUAUUCUGUGACCUGCCAGUCGCUCAUCUGUAUGCAGCACACACUAGAUUUGCCUAGAAGGAUUUAGCUCAGUAGCUGGCACGUUUACAUUAGAGAAUAACAUACACAGUUUCAAUCGAUUUCAAGAGUUCUUACAAUGGGAAAUAAAUAUGAAAAGUGGUUGUCGUUGAAAGUUCAAAAAAAAUACAAUCAACAAAUAGUAAAAUCGCAAAAGGCCAGACAAAUUUAAUAAAAUAUUUCCAUUUACCUUCCUCAGCUUUACACAGCCUGUUCAAAAUAAUAAGAUUCUCUGCAGAGAGCCUUUAUCCAACUGUUUAUAUCACUUCAUACAAAAUAUGUGUUUGAAUUACCACAGCAAUACAAGGAUAUAAAUUCCCAACACGCAACAUGCCAAAUUCAACAUAAGUUAUGCUUUCUUGGCAUCUAGACAUUUUCCUUUUGCUUUUCUGUACUCCAAAUACAUUUUCAUUUGAAACAAAUUAAAAAGCAUGUAGAUGUUAAAACAUGACAGCUUAGAAUUCAAGUGACUUGUGCAACAUUGUUUUGUGCUUUCUACUUCUCCAUUUCCUUCUACUGCAAUUAAAAUUCAUCAUGCCCUACUACAUAUACAAUAGCAAUGCAUCAAGUUCAGUCCAGUAUAGGUUUUCAACCUUCAGACUUGGCUUUAUACUACACGAGAUCCUUGCGCAUUCAAAAAAGUGCAUCUUUAGUGUGAUCUUUCUUUUAUGCUGGAUGACGUGAAGCUCUGAUUAGUCGAUGUACGAAUGCAACCUUGAGGUAUGAUUGCAGCCUCAGAAUAAUUCUUAAAUGUAAAAAGAAAUUUUUGAGCGUGCACGCCCUUUCUAGAUUUAAAAAAGACACCGUUAUAAUGGUGCUACUAGAGCCACGGUACAGUACAUCAUGGCACAUCGCUCCAUAACAUAACCAAGGACAUGAGAUAGAACUUCUAUUUACACAAACUUGAUGCCACUUCCAGAAAAAUAUGACAG